UUUUGAACGUAGCCAUCCGCGGUGCAUCAUGGGAUACGAAAUGUGUAGGGAGAUGGCUAACUGCUGCUAAAUCGCCGGUGAUAACUGCAAAUAAACAUCCAUUUGACGUUUCCCCGUCGCAUAUGUUGUGUCAUAGGAUAUUUAUGACGUGCUACCUGUAGUACCUUGUUGCCAUGUCAACCAGAGCGGAACGCAGGGUGUCCAGCUCCUCGUCCAGGACAGAUGAAGGGAGGUCAAGGAGCAGAGGAAGAGAAAAAAGGAAGCGGAAACGAAGCCGUAGCAGAUCGUCUUCGUCGUCGUCUAGCUCGACGUCUUCGCCCUCCUCUUCCUCUUCCACUUCUUCCAGCUCUUCAGGUUCAUCGCAUUCAUCAAGCAGCAGCAGCAGCAGCAGCAGAAGUAGCUCUAGUAGCAGUGACUCUCGCAGUAAAUCCAGAAAGCAGUCCAAGAGAAGAAAAAAGGAGAAGCACAAAAAACAGAAAGGGAAGAAAGAGAAGAAACAAAAGCGUAAAAAAGACAAGAAAGCUAAAGGAGGAGAGGACAAAUCAGGACCUGUUCAGAUCUCUAAGUAUUUAAAAGACAGAGAAAAAGGCAAGUACAGCAUGAUUACAGGGAAGAAGAUAAAGAUGAAGGUAAAGAAGUCCAAAAAAGACAAACAGCGGGAUAAAAACCGAGCAGAACUGCUCGAGUUCUUGAACUCUACCCUGUGAAGCCACCGUAGAUCCCUCCCGGUCAGCAGAACUCAGGAAAUAGUUGCUCCUACUUCCUCCGGAGCAGACAAGAGCUUUCUGCAGGAGAAGCGAUAAACUGAAGUGACAUUUUUCCACCACACGGCGGCAGCAGCGAGCUGGAUCCCACUGGGACCCGUCUAUUCCUGGAUGUGUUCAGUUCACAGACUACAUUUUCACCUUGUUGCUGUGUAGGUGGUUACCUUGAGUUCAGAGUAAGAACUGUUGUGUAGAAAGUUUUUUUUUUUUUAACUGUGCUUUAAGUUGAAACCUCAUUUAAACUCUUAAUCCACCAGUUCAGCUUCUCUGAAUCUGUGUCGCAGAAAUGACGGCUUUGUGUGUAAAUAUCUUUUCAGGGCUCAACCUCUUUUUCCGUUUGAAAUGAAAGGAGAAAAGAAAAAAAGAAUAAAAUUCUUCUGUAAAGUUAUAUUUUUAAAAAUAUGUUGACCAACCCUUUAUGCAUUCAGGACGGGCCCACGUGUUCAUUUUAGGAAACCGAUCAUCAUCGUCCCGAAAUGUUCUCAGAUGGUUCUAAAAUCAGAAAUUAAUUUGUGGGGUUUCUUUUGUUUUUGUUUUUAUUCAGAGGAUUGAACCGUGUAUAGAUCCCAGUUAUGUAUGACUUAUUAAUGCAGAUAUGUGACUGUUUAAAAAAAAAAAAAUGGGGGAAAAAAUUAUUUUUUUUUCUUAGUUUUCUUUGUGUGAAGCCAGUUGGAGUCCAUGUUUGUAUAAUGGUGCGUACAGAUCCAUUUAUACACUGUGUGACAACAGGACAGCAAAUAAACUGCUGGAGACAGUU